UUAAAACGUAAAUCGAGCGCGGGUGCAUAUUUUCGCUAAUAUGUCGACUCGACGGGCGCAUUCACUGCCGCCUCAUAUGCUAGAUGAAAAGCCGACGCGCGGAAAAUGCAUUACUGCGAUUUGCUUCUCAUGGAAGGUGAUUUCAUGCGUGGUGUCGCACGUGAUUUUGGUGUUGUUGGUGGUCUCUUAUUGCGUUGGAGGAGCUUAUCUAUUUCAACACCUGGAAAAACCGCACGAAAUCGAAGUGAAGAGGGAUAUCCAAUACCUGCGACUCAAUUUAACGGACAAAAUUUGGCGCUUUUCCGAUAAUGCCUCUGUGCUCUCCGAAAGCGAUUGGAUUUCAAAUGUAAAGAAGGAUUUGGCUGGUUUCGAAACACAAAUAGUGACCGCUAUUAAAACAAAUGGUUGGGAUGGUGAUGAGGACGUUACAAAGUCGCAAUGGACUUUUGCUGGAUCACUUUUUUAUUCGAUCAUCGUUAUAACUACCAUAGGAUAUGGACACAUAUCGCCACGGACGGACUGGGGUAAAGUGACAACAAUUUUUUACGCUAUUGUGGGUAUUCCUCUAAUGCUGCUGUGCCUUUCUAAUAUCGGCGAUGUGAUGGCCACUUCUUUUAGAUUCAUAUACUGGCGCGUUUGCUGCUAUGUAUGCACGCGCGCUGCGCGGCGCCCACGUCGUCCGCGUCAGCGCUCCAGCCGAGGUCAGCGUUACGCGUCCCGUUCUCAACCGCCGCCAAUACGGCGAUCUAUCCGUCUUACGCACCGCUCGGUAGCCGAUUCCGGUUUCGGUAACUCGGUUGGCCUACCGCACGCCCACUCUGAUCCUGAAUUGCGCAGCGGGCGUCACGACUACGAAGGCGGACGCAGCAGUGGUCGACGCCACCAACACAUCAGCAGUCCACAGCGCAGCCGCCACAUACCGCCUUACCAAUACGAGCAACAGUCCUACGAUGAAGGACCGCGGCAAACACAAACUCUCAACCGCGGCUCAAGAUUCGGGCGCAGCAUGCGUAAUCGCGAAAGCUUACGUGGCCGACACACUGUCGAGCGUGAGCGCUAUGUUGGACACUCCCGACAGCGGCUUGGUUCGUGUGAAGAUCUAGGUGGACCGCCGAUUCCGCCGCCCUCGAAACGUUCGUUCAGCAUGCGAUCGGUGCGCGCGUCNCUAAUUUUCUUUUUUAUAUAG